UGGAGCAAGGAGGGGCGCGUGGAGGGAGGGACGUUGGAGAUUCCUAUAACUGAAAGCCGGGGGGAGUAACGCAGAGUGUGAGAGAGGAGAGCUGCGCAUGUAUGUGUGAGGGAGUGUGUGCAUGUGUGUGGGAUGUGCUCUGGACUCGUUGAACCUGUGCGCCGGUGUCUCCGUCGGAAAGCCUCGCUGGCAGCCGGGGAGCAGUUGGAGCCGUGACUCGCCUCAGCGCCCCCUCCUCUCUGGACUGUCAUGCUCAACGCCUGAUGCGCCCAGAGGACACAGGCAGCCCGGGAGACAGUGAGAGGGGCGUGAUGGCCGGACGCGCCCUGACUCGGCCGUGCAGCUCCAGAUAUCCGCCCGGGCUUCCGUUGGCUUCUCCUCCUGAUCCCCUUCAUCCCUCAUCAAUGUCCUUCCUGUGCGUCCCCGCGAGGCUGCCUGCCUUCCUGCCGCCGCGCGCUCUGAAUGGAUGCUAAUGUCAACACACAUGUGUGGCUCGCAGUGAGAGCCCAUGAUCUGGACCUGGACCGCAUUCCGCUCUGGGUGUCUACUGUGCCAUGCUGCUUUAGGGUGACACUGAAUGAAUUUUUGAAAAAAACGCUUCACCUUUUCACUGUACAGCUGCUGUUCUCCACAUUAUUGAUGACGUAUGAUGCGGGACAGUUGUUAUUCUCAACUGAACGAAGAUUUUUCUGCCGUGAGUGAAGAGGACUGAGCAACAUGAUAAGAUUGGGGGGUUGCUGCACAUGGAAAUAAGGUCAAGUAAAUAAUUAGCAUCAGGAAGAGGCAUCAGACGCCAUAAUGAAGAUUUAUUGGUGAAUAGCUGCAUGCAUGUGCAGUGUGUAGAUUUUUAAUUGGGUGUUUUCUGGGAACAAAAGCUUCUCAGACUGCUCUGGCAGUGUGCUGAAGGUUGUCGACGAUUGGAUUCUAGUCUGUGUGCCAGAAAAAAUUCAAAUUACUGCGAACGAAGAAAUCUGUGACCAACAUUAACAUUCAAAACAAAGAAAUAGGGAUUUGGGGGAUGGAUGAAACCAACAGCCCCUCUGCUGCUGUAUCGUCUGAGGAGAAACUUAAUCUUCCGCCGUCUAAGUUUGUUGCCUCUGUCGUGCCGUCAGAUUCUUUCACAUCCCAACGCGCUGGCAAUCUGUCAGCUGUUCGGGUCACUCUGUCCGGUUUCAUUCAUCUACUGUGAGUCCACUGAAGCUUGACCACAUGAGCGGAGGCGGCGCCCUGCAGCAACGCACCACCUACCUCAUCUCCCUCACCCUGGUCAAGGUAGAGGCUGUGGAGGAGAAUGGAGGGGAGGCCAAGAACAGCACCCAGGGGAAGGAGGUGGAGGCCGGGUCAGGAGAAAGGGCAGGGGAGGAGGCCGGGAUGAGAGUGGAGGCCGAAGGUGUUGCCCCUGCACAGACUGAGAAUGGAGCUGGAGUGAUUUCAGGACAACCACAAAGAGCCGAGGAGGCUGGGGUUGUGAAGGGGGGGAGGUUGAGUGUUGAACUCAAAGAUGGAGAGAGAAAACCCCUCAGCCCUUUGAAAGACAAGCCACCGUCCACUGUUGAUGUUCCGAGUACAGGAGGAGAAAAGCCACCGUGCAACCUCUCGAUCCCCUCACCUGCUGAGAGAUCAACAAUUCCGAAGACAAAGUCUGCGGAGACGGACCUCACAAGGAUCGAGACGUCGCUUCCCACACCGGAGGCAAAGCAAUGCAGGUCUCCAUCUCUCAUCACAACUCCGCCAACGGAGGUGUGUGCCGAGCCCUGCCGCACCCCAACCAGGACCAGCCUCCCCAUGCGUCCGGCGGGACAACGGCCCGUGAGUCUCCUGAAGUCUCACAGCAGUGUGGCCACCCGUGGCCGCGACUCCAGGGACGGUAGAGAGCGCAGCCCCACCUCAGCGCAGAGCCUCGACCGCAAGGACUGCCGGAUGCCGGCGCGCUCUCCCGGCCCCUGCAGGGCCUCGUGGGCCGAGGCGAGCAGGCCCGAGGGAUGGAGGGACCUGCGGGAUGAGGCUCAAGGUGGAACACCUCUAGAGGCUGGACUUGGCCUGGCUGCAGUGAUGAGAGACAUGCCUAGGAAGGACAGACUCAAGGCAGGUUCGACCUCCCUGCCUGCACCUGCUACCCAGGCCUCCAAACCGGGACGCAAAGGUAAAAGCCGCACGCUGGAUAACAGUGACCUGAACAGCCUCUCCGAAGACCUGGGUCUGGCCAGGGAAGCCCAGCAGGCGCAGCAGGGCCAACGAGCCUCCGCCAAAGACAGGAAGAUGCUCAAGUUCAUCAGUGGCAUUUUCACGAAGAGCAGCUCCGGGGCGGCGGGGUCAUCCUCCACCGCACCUCCUGUCUACAUACAGAGAGACUCCAGCGAGGAGGAAGUAAAUAUUGCCAACAGCCAGGAGUGGACCCUGAGCAGAUCCAUCCCCGAGCUGAGGCUGGGCAUUUUGGGAGGUCUGAAAAGCGGAAAGUCGGCGCUGGUGAACAAAUACAUUACAGGCAGUUAUGUCGCACAUGAGAAGCCUGACGGGGGCAGGUACAAAAAGGAAGUGCUGGUGGAUGGACAGAGUCAUCUAUUGCUGAUCCGGGAGGAAGCUGGACCACCUGAUGCACAGUUCAGCAGCUGGGUGGACGCGGUGAUCCUGGUCUUCAGUCUGGAGAAUGAGGCCAGUUUCCAGGAGCUGUACCAGCUCUACAGCCAGCUCAGCACGUUCCGCACGGACAUCCCGGUCAUAGUGGUCGGCACCCAAGAUAAAAUCAAUAGCACCAACCCCCGUGUGAUUGAGGACCAGAGGGCCAGACAGUUGUGCAUCGACGUGCGCCACUCCCUGUUCUACGAGACGUGCGCCACCUACGGGUUCAACGUUGACCGAGUGUUUUCAGAAGCCGCCCAGAAGAUUGUGGCUCAGAAGAAGCAGGCGGCGCUGCAGGCCUGCAAGUCUCUUCCAAACUCGCCCAGUCACUCUGGAGGCUCCACACCUGGAUCAGCAUCGCUCCCGGGCCAGGCCAGUAAUGGCCCCAGUUGUGGCUACGCCUACUCCCUCCCCUCCACCCCCGUGGUCGGUCACAGAGAGCUGCGGGUUGCACAGGGAGAGGGGGGAGGCAGUGUCAACUCACGUGUGCUGAAGAGCAUCCCGAGACGGCCCUCCCUCUUCAAGAACCGGGACGCGGAUAAGAAAUCUGGUGAUCCUAAAGGAGACCUGAGCAGCGUGCGGGGCGUUCCCAUCAAACAGAGCAUCCUGUGGAAGAGAAGCGGUAGCUCUCUGAAUAAGGAGUGGAAGAAGAAAUACGUCACCCUGUCCAACAAUGGCACAUUGUCCUACCACUCCAGCUCCAGUGACUACACACAGAAUGUCCACGGAAAAGAAAUCGACCUGCUUCGUGUGACGGUCAAAGUUCCUGGGAAGCGUCCUCCGAGGGCUGUGGCUCCUGCGGGGCCCUCACCUGUCCCCCCAGGCUCCGUACCUGGAGUUAAUGGGAUGAGUAAGGAGCUGACGGCCGCUGAGAGCACCAGUACAGUUCCUCAGUUGUGUCCGGCCACCCUGUCAGUGGUCGACGAUCGGUCGGGCGGUUUGUCCCCCCAAGGCGGAGACAGAGGACUUCAGCGCUGCUCCUCCUCGUUGUCCGCCAAAGCACAAAGUGUCGACGCCCUUGAAGGGACAGCCAGUCCUUUCGCCGGAAAAGACCCCGGCCAGUCGUCUCCCAUGAGCGACAGGAAGAAGAACAGGAGGAAGAAGAGCAUGAAUCAGAAGGGGGAUGCAGCCGUCGGGCAGGCCGAAGCCAAGCGUAAAAUGUGGAAAUUAAAGAGCUUUGGUAGCUUGAGAAACAUUAAUAAGACAGAGGAGGAGAACGCAGACUUCAUCGUGGUGUCGUUCACUGGGCAGACGUGGCACUUUGAGGCUCAGAGUCUGGAGGACAGGGACUCGUGGGUGACGGCUAUAGAGAGCCAGAUCCUGGCGAGUCUGCAGUCGUGUGAGAGCGGCAGAAACAAGGCUCGUAGGAGCAGUCAGAGUGAGGCCGUAGCGCUGCAGGCCAUCCGUAACGCCAAGGGCAACGGGCUGUGUGUGGACUGCGAAGCACCGAAUCCCACCUGGGCCAGUCUCAAUCUGGGUGCGCUGAUCUGCAUCGAGUGCUCCGGGAUCCACCGAAACCUGGGGACCCACCUGUCCCGCGUCCGCUCACUGGACCUGGACGACUGGCCCGGAGAGCUCACGCAGGUCCUGGCUGCCAUCGGCAACCACAUGGCCAACAGCAUCUGGGAGAGCUGCACGCAGGGCAGGACCAAGCCCGCGCCCAACGCAACACGUGAGGAAAGAGAGUCUUGGAUUCGUGCAAAGUAUGAACAGCGGGCGUACGUUGCGCCUCUUCAGCCGGCCGCUGACGACAGUAUGCCGGUGUGGCUGCUGUCUGCGGUGACCGAGCGAGACCUGCCCAGGCUGCUGCUCCUCCUGGCCCACAGCACCAAGGAGCAGGUCAACGCUCAGCUGGCCGGGGCCACUUCGCCGCCUCGCUCGGCCCUGCACGCUGCUUGUCACCUGGGAGACGUAGUCAUGACCCAGCUGCUCGUCUGGUACGGAAUCGAUGUGAGAGCGAAGGAUAACCAAGGCCAGACGGCCAUGAUGAUGGCCAGGAAAAACGGGAGCAAGGGCUGCAUUGAUAUUUUGCACCAGCACGGCUGCCCCAGCGAGACGUCCCCCAUCACUGCCACGCCCGUCCUCUCCCGCCGCUCCAGCACUGCCAGCCUGGGCCGAACCAGCUCCAGGAAACGGGUGUCGUAGCGUAGACUGACGAUGCUGCCGCACACAUGGGGGGGCUGCUGCUGCUGCUGCUGCUGCUGGUGGUGAUGGUGAUGAUGUGGUAACUGUGAGGAUACAAGCAGAGCUGACUGUGUACUAUAAGAGAAAUUACAGGACUAUAUCAUAGUACUAAUGAUAAAAAAAAAAGAAUUGCUUCUGAAGACUGAACCACAUAUCAAAGAAACUUAAAAAGCAAUAUUGAUUUUGAUUUGUCGACAACAGAAAUGUUGCUGAAAUACUGCGUUGUUGUUGACCUCGUUUCAAAAUGACUCCAGUAGAACUUUGUAGCCGUCCUCUGUAAUUUCAAGAGCAGACGAUCGCUCUGCUUCGGUUUUCACUUCCUCCCCGAAGAAGUGCAAUAAGCCCGCCGCGAUGACGAAAAGGCAACACGUGUUGGAGUGAACUGCGUCGGGCGACUGUUUGGUCACGGUUGUGAGAGGAUUGUUACAUGAAGAGGGAAGUGCUUUCUUUUGCAGAAUUGCUGUGACUGGACCAAAAUGGCUUCUUUUUUUUUUUCUUCUUCCCCUUUGGCUUUACAAAUAAAACAUAAACCUACAAUAUGUCAUGUUGUUAGUUAUGUGUGCCUGUUGCAACGGUAUAUAGGUCAGUUUAUAUAUAUGUAUAUAUAUAUAUACAUAUAUAUAAACGAAUCAGCUGAGAUAAUUCUGCUUAGACUAGAACAAUGAAUGGUUUGGAAUUAUGAAAUAUGUCAGUGUUACUCUCACAGGUCCGAGAUAUGGCGUUUUAAUAUUCUGUAAAUGUACCUAUACUACGAACUUAAUGUUAAACUCUGUAACGAAGACACAACUGAAGAAUCAGACUCAAUUUUGUAAAUUAUUUCUUACAGGUAGUUUUGAAAAUAUGUCAAGUUUGGUUUUUUCUUCAUUGUCUUUUAUAAUUUCUUAUAUUCUCCAACAUGUCACAAAAGCAUAAAUCAGUAAAAAAAAAAAAAAAAAAUGUAAACAUAUGGCUGUUUGUUGAAAGUUUUAUUUGGGAUAGCCAGAAGACUACAUGAUUCAUAUUCAUAUUACUGUUGUGUAGGUCGAUCCCAUGAGUUUACAGUGAAGUAUGAAGCGGUUACAGGUGUCACUGGUACUUAUGACACUUUGUUGGUCGUGUGAAUCCCUCAUGAGCUAAAACAAAUGGUUACUGGAACAAAAUAAAACUUUUUUUCAAAAAAAAAGAAAGAAAGAAAUUAUAAUGAGCAUUAUUAUGAUAA